GGCGUCAGAAUAAAGCGUAUUACAGCAGCCACUUGAACCGGAGUUUGUUGUUUGCAUAUUUCUGGAAAAUUUGAAAACCGAUUAGAAUGCAUGCAAAACCUCGUUAUUAUUCUUUAUACGAAUGCAUCAUUUACAUUACAUCAUCUUCUAAAAUGAUCAUCUGAAUUAAUUAUUUUCCACUAUAAAAAAAAAAAACUAUUAAAUGUUAGUCAGUCUUUCUAGUUUUAUAUAGCCUAAUGAAUCCAAGUAAACCUACAAUAUCAGUUCGCUAAAAUUAAAUAUAUAUAUAUUUAUUUAUUUAUUUGUUUGUGUAUUUAUCCAUUCGCUUAUAUUUAACAGCUGGUUGAAUAGCUUAACGAAUGUGCUCCACUAAGUUUUUUCUAACAUAAGAAUAAAAUUACAAUUUGAUUUAUUGAAAAUUAAGACAGACACUGAAAAUGUUUAAUGUUGUAUCAUUUGAACCAUCGCCAUUUAAUAAACGUGGUGAUUUUUAAGAGUCGUAAUGGAAGUGCUCGUCGUGUUUGGGGCGUGCUGGACCGUUCUGUCAACUUCCAUUGGCUCACAAAGAGCCAAUCAAUAACGGAACUCCUGCUUAGAGCUUUUUGGACUCCUGUCUGGAGUUUCAUACUUGAGGAGAAACGCAAGAGAGGGCAACUCCUUAAACCUGACCGUCGCGUUACAUGUAGUUGUGUGCGAUUCUCUGUCAAGAAGUUUUGGCUCAUCGUGCCAGGAUGUACACGGCGGGACUCAAUCCGUUUUACGCGUCGAACUUUAGCCUUUGGACCGCGUACUGUUCGGGCGGUUUUGGGGUGGACAGCAUGAAGAAACCCUCGUUCUGCAUCGCUGAUAUUCUGCACGUUGGAGAUGCGGAGAACAUCCCCGGUUCGUCUUCGCUUAUGGCUCACCUCGGGGCCCGAGGGCAGGUUCAUUCGUCGGGAUCCCCGUUACGCCCGUCGCCGGUCACUCCAAGCGCGUCCGCGUAUCACAGGCACGGAAUACACUUGACAUCCAGGGCCGCGAUCAACGCGCAAUCCGCGCCUCCGCCGUCCAGUAAAGACCUCAAGUUCGGGAUUGAUCGGAUAUUAUCCACAGACUUCGAGCCGAAGGGAAAAGAAUCGCUAUCAUUGAGAGAUCUCACAUCGAUUGUUAGUGCGAAUCGGCAGUCAGCAGUCCAUGUGUCUGCAAGCCCGUACUUCGCGUCCAUAGACCCGACCAUGAGCGAAACCUCCUCCAUGAUGGGUUCAAUAAGCAAUGCCGCCAGACAAUCAGGGCAACAUCAGUUUCAAGACACCUUCCCAGGGCCGUAUGCGGUGCUUUCCAAAGACACAAUGCCACAGACUUACAAGAGGAAAAGGUCGUGGUCCAGAGCCGUGUUCUCCAAUCUCCAGCGGAAAGGCCUCGAGAAACGCUUUGAAAUCCAGAAGUACGUCACGAAACCGGACAGAAAACAGCUGGCCGCGAUGCUGGGCCUCACCGAUGCACAGGUCAAAGUUUGGUUCCAGAACCGGCGGAUGAAAUGGCGGCAUUCCAAAGAAGCGCAGGCGCAGAAGGACAAAGAAAAAGAACAGCCGGAUAAAUCCGCGACCGAAACCGAACCCAAAGAACGCGACGAUUCCGAAUGCGAAAGCGAACCGAGCGAGUCCGAAUUCGAGGACGGAGCGGAGGACAAAAGCGACGUGGACAUUUCUGACCUCAGCAAAGCCAGUGUGAUUAUUCCCGGAGCUCUGGCGGUCAGCACUCACGACACAUCCAGCACAAACUCCACGACAGAACCGAGCACAGCCGCGCAGCAAACGCCGCUGUGAGGAUCUGCGGUUAACGCGUCUCACGGGCCUUCUUCAGCCAUCGCUUCAUGUGAAACACGGCCUUCAUGACCCUUGAGAGAGGACAACAUCAGCGCUCUGCCUUAAACCAACCACUCCACCUUCAUAUGACGAUUUGGGAAUUGAAUGUUCAUGAAUUAAGACGUUGAUAAACUUGACUGUAUUAUAUUUUGUCUGUAAGUAUUUGCACUGAAAAUGUAAAUAAACGUUUGUUACUAAUA